UCAGCCUGGAACUCGCCCCAGCUGGCGGAAAAGAGGCCGCGCCCGGAAGUGUGGUACUCCGGAAGCGAGGGCUUUUGGGAACCAACUCCGGCCUAAGGGACCGGAAGUGAGGUAACGCCAGGCUCUCGCGAGAAUAGAGCAGCUUUCCCCCGUAACCAUAGCGACGCGGCUGGCGUGGUCGGCUGAUAAUGGAAACGCCUCCAGAGAUGCCCUCCACUGAUGGCCACACUCGAGCUAUAGUUACAGAACGAUACGUGGUUGAGUCGAAGAAGUCUGCAGCUCAUGUUCCACUGGCUUGCAGCACACAGCACUGUGCUUUCCCUUUAGAUGGGAGCCGUCUCUGUGUGUGGAGCUCCAAGGACCCUUCUCACCAGCUUCUCACCCUACAAGGACACCAUCAAUUGAUUACUGCUGUGGUUUUUGGAAAUCAAAUAGAUCCACUUCUCCUCUGCUCUGCAUCAGAGGAUUAUAUUAUAAUGUGGAACGUGGCUGAAUGCAGAGAGAAGACACUUAAAGGGCUGACUCCUCGAGGGACUAUCCUGGGCUCCCUUUUACAAACAGUGUUGUGUUUGCGAUUUAGUCUGGAUGAUCGUGCUAUUGCAGUGUGUGCUGGAAACAAAAUAUCUGUGAUGGAUGUGGAGAAGCAGUCUGUGCUGGUAGAGUUGAAGGGCCAUCAAGGCUCAGUGACAGCAGUGGAGUUCUGUCCCUGGCAAGCACACACCCUCAUCUCUGUGUCUGAAGACCGAAGCUUUAAGGUCUGGGACUUUUGUGUGGGAUCCUUGAUAUACAGUUCAUCCAUUUUAACAGCUUACCCUCUCCUAAAUUUGCUUAUCAAUGAAGAAAACCAACAGCUGGUCACCGGCAGUGCUGAUGGCCAGCUGUGGAUCUUUAGUUUGAUGGAGGGACAUCACUACCACUGUGUGGCACAUGUGGACGUAAGGAAGAAAAGGGAGACUUUCACCACCCGAAGAAUGAUGGCUGAGCAGUGCAGCCUGCCAGAAGACCAUCAGUGCCGGUGCAGACAUGAGGCGGAUAAAAGGGGAGAGGCUGAAGCAACAUUCCCUAUCCUGAGCCUGGCGCCCUGUGACCUCUGCCUGCCGGAUUCCCAGCGUGGAGCUUUUGCUUCUGAGUGCACCAAAUGUCUAUGGAUUGGAAGCUCAACAGCUCUAUUCAUAUUGAACCUGGCAAGCUUUGAAUUGGAAGCCGCUUUACACUUCAAGGAAUUUCAGAGCCUGAGCGUCCAAGUUGCUGGGUCGUGUGCAAUGGUGAGCGAGCCCAUGAGCGCCAAGGCAUUUUGCAUGCUUUCAUCUAUGUUUGGGAGUAAGAUUGCUGUAUUGGAAAUUGACUUGGCUGCUCUGCUCAGCACUCAGCAGUACCCUCGGGCAGGAAAGGUGCUUUCUGUGCUGGCAAGCUCCUGUGUCCUGCCAACUUCUCCACUGUAUUUUGGAAUUAUUAAGGAAAAAUUUCCUAAGCUUGCCAAUACCAAACAACAUGGACUCAGUGGUGACUGAUGCUCCUCUGUGUCCCCGUCAAGGACCAACUCACAGUCUCAUAGUCUCCUGAUCGGCUUAGUUAAGAAGAUAAAGGCCCCAGGCAGCUUUACUGAUGCAUUCUGUAUAUAUGUACCGCAUCUGUAUGUAUCCUUACCUUCUACCCUCUGGCUACUGAUCUCCAGCUGGCUUAGAUGUGGCCCUGAACCUCCCUUGUGUUGCUAGGGCCCCUAUCAUCUAGAGCUCUGCCCUCCAUUCUGAGGAGUAGUAAGUUAAUAAACUCAUGAAUUUGUUCUGUGAGGCAGGUGGCCUACCCCUGUUUGCACUGUGGCUUUUCUUGGUUGACCCCUCAGUGGAAUUCCCACUGGUCUGUGUGCUGUGGUCCAUUCCUGUGUGUUUCCUACAGGGACCCUGUACUGGGCUGUAGUCUAAAUGCAUUUGACACAUGAGCUGUUAUCUGGGCGUGAUGACACAUGCCUUUAAUCCCAGCACCCACGAGGCAGAGGCAAUUAGACUUUUGUGAGUUCAAGGCAAGCCUGGUAUACUAAGUGAGUUCCAGGCCAGCCAGGACUGUUACAUAGAAAAACUCUGUCUAAAACAAACAAACAAAAAAUAAAUAAAAAACCAAAACAACACCAAAGCAAAAAACAAGAGAAAGAGAGAGCGCGCGAGCGAGCGCAAAGCAAAGAAAUAAACAGUGCCACACAUUAUAUGGUUUAGUAUAGUCUACAUUACUUUCUGUCCCUUUAAUGUCCUUGAUGAAUUCCUGGCUGUUAUUCAUUGGCUUGAUUUCUGGAUAGAGCCUCUUCAUUUUAGAGGUCAGAGGUCAUUUUGUUUGACUUUGCCUGGUUUGGGGAGACUGUUCUUUUUUUCCCAGGACAGUGAAAUUGUGAUGUUAAAUGUAUGCUGCUUCUUUCACUUCAUGUCAUACAGCUGUGAAGAGUGUCGUGGAGGACAGGCCCCUGGUUUUCCACACUAAGGUUAGGUCGUCCGGCUAUACAUUGGCACCACAGUGAGUAUAAGCAUCAUGUCCUCUGUGCCAGUGACAGAACAGAGCUGCAGGUAUACAAUAGGAAUAGGGUUUAAUACAGACACUAAUAUGUCCUGGGGUUCCCACCAUGAACAGGGUGGGUAGAGGCCUGAGUAGGAUUAUAGUGUGGGUUGGACCCUAGCAUGCCACAGUCACCACAAGGGUAGCAUAUAUACAGCUAAUACUUGUUAAAUCCCUAUGUUGAUCUCCACUCAGGGCCUUGAGUUCUUGUCAAAUCAUAAGGUUGGCUGUGGAGAGGAGAAGCUGGUGGGGUUGAGAAGUGGAGAAAGGUGAUACAUUAAAACCAUGUAGCCCACUAAGGCCUGACGAAACACCUUAAAAUUUUUCGAGCUCAUUCACUCCCGAAUUUGUGGCCAGUCCCCCAACCCCCUCUCUCAUAAAUACAGCCUGUUGAGCUUUUAGGGCUGUCCAGUGGGAUUGUAUAACCUAUUAGCAAGUUCAUCCUGAAACACAGACCUUUGAUUAGAAACGUUUUGUUCCCAUGUCAGGGUGUAAACGCUGGAUAUUUAAAAUAGGAAGUAGCAAGUCUAACGGUGAGGCUACUUAGAGACCAGGAAACAUAGUAUCGUGAUAGUGGGAGAGACUGCCACGAAGUCUGGAAGUUCCUUAGUCCUUCAAAAGUCUCAGAUCUUUCAAGGGCAAAUCUACUUCUUUUUAUAAUGUGUAGUCACACCACUCUUCUUAUCUCAAAGCUGGAAUUUAUAUGAUGUAGCCCACUACAUACAUCAUAACCAUUCCUUUAACAGUAGUCAAAGCUGCCCUAGAGUCUGGGGCCCCGGUGGGCUUCCUGCACAUAGAGCACGUGGCAGGCUAGGGUGAGGUCUCUGUCCUCUCCUAGUCAGUCUUCUCAUCUGAUCUUCCCUCUUGCCCACCCACUCUCACCUCAACCUCAAGUCCCCACUCAGAACUUUCCCAGGCCUCUCACCUAGGUGAGUCUUCCUGUAUGCAACUUCAGCUCCACUGCCCCUCGCAGCCCUCCCUAUCUCACCUUCUUUCCCUUUCCCAAUGGCAGCAAGUGUGGAUGCUCAUUUACUUCAUGUCUGUUCUACCAACCAAGCACAGGGGCAGCACUUGGCUCCUUGAACUCUCAAAUAUGACACGAGUAGAUGGCAGGUAGAUAAAAGGAGGGGUGGGUAGCGGGAUGGGCAGAUGGAGGGAGUGACCACGCAAGGAAAGAAAGAUGAACAGACAGAAGGAUGAGUGUGUCCCAGGAGUGGCCUGCUGGCCACAUGAACACCAGGAUAGCUGUGACUACAGCCAACACAAAACCAUAAAUCUACUUAAAACCAUGUGAGCCUUUAGUGUGUUGAGCUUUUAAAUUCGAUUGCAUACUUUUGAGCAUGAAGUUCACAGAUGACAGCGUGGCCCAGAGAAGGCAGCCCAUGAAUGGAUGAUGGUGGAUGGGUGGAUUGGAAAUUCAUGCCUUAGGGCAACAGUGCAGCAUUUUCAUCUGCGAGCUGAAGUGUGGAUGAUGGUGUUCCUGGGGCUGUCCUGGCAUUUUGAGCUGAGAAGCAUUAGAUAGGGUCACUAAGGAGGAAGUGUGUAGCAUUGUGACAUGUCUGAGUCAGAGAGAGUGCCGGUUCUUAGAGGCCAAGGAGAGUAGGAGGUCGCUGAAAAAAGUAUGUAAGUUUGUACAUGUUUAAUUUUUCUUUAUAAAAUGUAAAUAUCGUAGGAAAUUUAGAAUCCUAAUUGGUGAAAGUUAUAUAUACACUUGUUUGUAUGUGUUUUC